AUGUGGACGCGUCCAGGGAAAUCGUCACAGUCAGGCGACCUUUCAUUGCUGAAGGAGGAUGAGAGGCCGCAUCCGAAGUCAUUCAAAUCGAAUUGGACGCGUCUGGGGAAUACAUCACAGUCGCGAGACCGUUUCUGGUCGAAGGGGGAUAAUGAGAAGAUCCUGUUACGCCCAAGCGUUACCGCUCAGCGGGUGACGAAGUUAUGUACUGAGGGGAAGCAUGAUGAAGCAGCUACCUACCUUCAAAAUCUGCCUCUCGACGCGCAAAAUGCCGUGGUGUGGAACACCCUCAUACGAGAGUUCUUGCGAGCCUCACGCUACCAGUCGGCAUACAAACUCUAUGUCGAUAUGAAACGUCGUGGCUUCUCCCCAACUCUGCAGACGUUCACGACUUUCUUCGGCGCUUUCCAAAGCCUCGGUGAUUGGUCGAAACAUACAAAGAUGCUUGAAAAUGUGCACAGGCUCCACGAUAGUUAUCAGCAAUAUACUGAACACGUUAAGGCGAUUGAUCCUGCAAGCCCAGAGCUGAGCGUAGCUCCUGUCACGGGCUACAUCAAGAUCCUCACCGACGCGGGAUUAUACCAGCGAAUGUUCGAUGUCUUACACGCGAUGGCCGAUGAAGGCCCUCUCGCGCCUAACCAGUUCACAUUCGCUGCUCUCUUUCGAGGCCUUUCGUGGCGCAGAGCCACAUCUGGCGGUCCCGAGGCUCAGGCAGCUAUGUGCGCUCGCAACGCUUCCGAUGUCAAACUGCUCUGGCGGCAGAUGCUCAAGAUUGCAGAGAAGAAUCCACAGUUCGAGUUUGACUCUCACCUCAUCACACCCGCUAUAUCAGCCCUCACUUCAGGUUCCCCCUCCGACCAGCUCUUUGCAUUCGACAUCGUUCGCGAUUAUCUUGGCUUAACAAAACCCGGAGAGACACCUCAGCCCCCUCGAGUCCAGCUGUCGACGCACCUCCUAGGAGAGGUACUGUACCUGUGCAACAGCUCUCAGAAAUACAGACUCGGGGUACACUUCUUCCGUCAGGUUGUCGAUCAUCCCGACAACAGAGCAAUAAUUACCCACCGCCAUGUGGAAACUGUCAUCAGAUUAUUUGCUGGUAUGAGUAUGAUGGGGUCCGACGAGGCGUCGGCGCAGGCGCUGGAGACACUCGAGUGGCUAUUGCAAGAGGAAGCGUCGGCGCGGAAUGCUGUCGAAUUGCGCCCCACUAUUUUAACCUUCUCACUCGUUUUGAACGUGUGCUGGCGGAAUGGAGACUGGGCUAGCGCCACCAGGACCUUCGAGCUUAUGACGGGAUACAAUCCGGAUGAUUUCGCUGAUGGCAGCAGGGUCAAGGAGCCUGAGAUGCAAAAGCGGUCGCCCGGGAGGAACAUCAAGCUCGAUACCCCCGCCAUGGCGCACAUCGCCCACACCGCACUAGCAUCUCAGGAACUGGCCAAUAUGCGCCAAUGCUUGCGGAUCAUAGACCACAUUGGCGCCGAACGCCUCCUCCACAGGCCGAAGGCACUCGUUGAUCAGUCCAGGUCGUCUCAAUUCAUGAACGAUUUAGAGUACUAUUUGGCGAAACUGGCGAAAGACCUGAUGGAGAUCGUGGACGAGGUGGUUGCGAAGGAGCCUGAAAUGUGCUCGGAGGAGGAACGAGAACGCUGGAAAAAGAUCAAAAGCCAGGCAAAGGAAUGCAGGCGAUAUGCUCGCCCCACGCGCACUCCUCAUACUGAGGAGUCCCCACUGGGCAGCCAACGUGGUCUCGAUGCUACGGCCAGCGCCGUUGACCAAGAGUUCAGUGUUCGGCGAACACUACGACCCUCGCGACUGUAG